CACAAUCAAAAGACAACAAAUCCAACCACCUUAUAUAAUCCCCUUAGUGCAAGCAACCUCAAAAUAAACUCAAACUCAUUAAAAAUACCUCAAACAAAAACAUGUAUGCUUCUACUUCCUUUGUUUCACCACUCCUCCAUGACCUUAUUGACAAUAAUUUCCACUCAAGAAGGUUGCUUCUUCACUCCAAUUUAGCCAACCCUCCAAUUUCCACAAACAUCCAUGAUUCAACUAAAGAUUCAUCAUAUCUUGGAGAUGGUAAUUUUGAUGCAAAUGUUGUUAUGGUACUCUCUGUCCUAUUAUGUGCUCUUAUUUGUUCCCUUUGUUUGAACUCAAUCAUAAGAUGUGCAUUAAAAUGUUCCAAUUUAGUUGUGAUGAGUGGUGAUCCCUCUAACACUCCGGUUCGAGCAACAAACACCGGAAUUAAGAAGAAAGCUCUCAAGACAUUCACCACGGUAAGUUACUCGACCGAGCUUAACUUGCCGAGUUUGGACUCAGAGUGUGUGAUAUGUUUGUCGGAGUUCACUAAUGGCGAUAAAGUACGCCUUUUGCCAAAGUGUAACCAUGGUUUUCAUGUUCGUUGCAUUGACAAAUGGCUAAGUUCGCAUUCGUCUUGUCCAAAAUGUAGACAGUGUCUUAUUGAGACUUGUAAAAAAAUUGUUGGAUCACAAGGUAGUUCAUCUCAACCACAACCUAUGUUGUUUCCGGUGCCAGAAACAAUUGUAACUAUAGCACCACUUGAGCCAGAAGGCUUGGUGAGAAACUAUAGGGAGGUUAAUUAGCUAAUUUAAUGGUCUUUAAAUUAGCACCGUGCCUUAGAGUUUGUAGAAUCAUGUCUUUAAUUAGCUCUAGUGUAGACUUGGCCAUCUUCCAAAUCAACCAUAUAUAAUCAAUGUGUGGUGAUUGGUAAUGAAUGAUUGUGUGUAUAUAGUGUUCAAACUCUUUAGAAUUUGUUUUAGUUUUACUCUCUGCCUCAUAAAUUGUAUAAAUUACAAGUUCAAAUUGUGGUUA